CUAGAGUCCAUCGCCCGCUGAGCUACUCUCCUAACCAGCAGGUGGCGGUGAUGCGUCUAAAGUUACUGCUGGUUGCCAACAGCCAUUACAAGACAAGAAGAAGAAGAACGCCCAUUUUGCAGGCAUCGAAUUGUGCUGAAAUAUCAACAGACAGAAGAGGACAAAGAGCUGCAAUGGACGGUGAUGUUGCGGUUGGUGUGAAGAGAGGCUCAGAUGAGCUCACCAUGUACAGUAGCAGCCCCAACUCUUUGACUGCGAAUGGCAGCGACAGUAAGAAACAGCGUUUGGAGGAGUCCCCUCCCUCUAGAGUUCUCCACAUCAGGAAACUUCCCAACGAAGUGUCAGAGACUGAAGUCAUUGCUUUGGGGCUGCCUUUUGGAAAGGUCACCAAUAUACUAAUGCUGAAGGGGAAAAACCAGGCGUUUCUGGAGUUGGGUACAGAAGAAGCAGCCAUUACUAUGGUGAACUACUACACAGCUGUCACGCCACAGGUCAGAAACACUCCUGUUUUCAUCCAGUACUCUAACCAUAAGGAACUGAAAACAGACUCGGCUCUGAACCAGAGGGCCCAGGCAGUGUUGCAGGCCGUGUCAGCAGUUCAGGAUGGAAGUUCUCCAUCCUCUGACCCGGGGGUUUUGGACCUAGCUCCACCCCCCAGCCCUGUCCUGCGAAUUAUCAUCGACAACAUGUUUUAUCCUGUGACACUGGAUGUUCUACAACAGAUCUUCAGUAAGUUUGGGACGGUAAUGAAGAUUAUAACCUUCACCAAGAACAACCAGUUUCAGGCUCUUCUGCAAUUCAGCGAUCCUGUCAAUGCACAGCAAGCUAAACUGUCUUUGGACGGACAGAACAUCUAUAAUUCAUGCUGUACUCUGCGGAUAGACUUCAGUAAACUAGUCAACCUCAACGUCAAAUACAACAAUGAUAAGAGUCGAGAUUACACCAGACCUGACCUUCCUACUGGAGAUGGAGAGUCAACCAACAAGGAUCAUUCUUUACUGGGUACCCCAUCUGGAGCGCUAGCUUCCUACUCUAGUGGAGGAGGUUACUCAUCUUCUCUUUCCCUCUCGCAGGGUGGAGGAGCCAUCAGUCCUCUGAGCGCGGCAGCGGCAGCGGCUGCAGCUGCUGGUCGUGUUGCUCUGUCUGGGUCCGGAGUGUCAGGAGUCCUGUUGGCAUCCAACCUAAAUGAAGAGAUGGUCACGCCUCAAAGUCUCUUUACCCUCUUCGGAGUCUAUGGUGAUGUCCAGAGGGUGAAGAUCCUCUACAACAAGAAGGACAGUGCUCUGAUACAGUUGUCUGAUGGCAACCAGGCUCAGCUGGCUAUGAGCCACUUGAAUGGUCAAAAAGUGUUUGGCAAAGUAAUGAGAGUGACACUGUCUAAACAUCAGACUGUGGCUUUGCCGAGAGAAGGGUUGGAUGACCAGCUACUAACUAAAGAUUUCUCUGGCUCACCACUCCAUCGCUUUAAGAAACCAGGAUCCAAAAACUUUCAGAACAUCUUUCCUCCCUCUGCAACACUUCACCUCUCCAAUGUCCGGGAUGGACUUGAAGAGGAUGAACUACGCCUUCUGUUCUCUAACAGUGGAGGAACUGUUAAGGCCUUCAAGUUCUUCCAGGACCGUAAGAUGGCCUUGAUCCAGAUGACGUCAGUAGAGGAAGCGAUCCAGACUCUGAUGGACCUUCACAACUAUGACAUGGGAGGGAAUCAUCACCUGAAAGUUUCCUUUUCAAAGUCUACCAUCUAACCCUCAAAUCUGACUCCGAAAUCUUAAGAUCUAUGAUGAGCAAGGAAGUCCCUAUCCUUUGUUUUCUUUUCAAUGUUUUCUGUUAACCUCUUCUGUGCUAUCCCCAGAUCUUUAAUGAAUUUGUAGAACAUAUUCUGUCACUGAAAUGUAAAUGCAACGCUUCAAAGUAAAACAUUAGAAAUAGUUUUCAGUUAAAAUAUAGCAAUGCAUACAUCUGUUGUGGCCUAAAGGCAGUUUGCAAAGUUUACAGAUUCCUGACUAUGACAUCUCAAAGAGCAACUCAACACCAGCAGAAAACAGCGUUUGUUUGUCUCCUGUGGUUCAACUUCUCCCCUUGCUGCAGUAAAGAUUACUCCAGAGUGAGUGAGUGCACUAAAGCGUAAUUUAUGCCUCUGCGUCAAAUCUAUGCCGUGGCUACGUACGUAGGUACGCAGAGACACAAACUACGCCGUAGUCCGGCGUGCAUCUCUUAAACUUUAACAACACGUCGCUCAGCUGUGGCUCGUUAGCGUUACAUUCUCCCCUACUCAUUUCCUGUUUCUCCCUGUGCAUAAACAUGAAAUCAAGGAGAGGGUUAACUUGUCCUGCUACAGAUUUUCCAUCGUUGUUAGAAAGCACAGGAGACACUUUGUUGCUCUCACUAUGCCUCUAGAGUCACUACUCGCUCCGAAAGGGAAUCACCAUCUCUCUCUCUCUCCCUCGAUCACACACUCUCCACACAGACACAUGCUGAAUCAACGCACAAGUAUAAACUUCAGGCCGCUGACAUAGGCUGCGGUGAAAGCUCUGCAUGGAGCCUUCGCCGACCUAUAAAUCAAGCUUAAGGGUGUGGCGCCAGGUGCACAUUUGUGAUCACACUAAACCACAGCCAUCAGUAAUGCGGGUCAGCGUUAAAACCAUGGAAAUCUCCACUUUAAAAUCCAUUGUGUGGGAGCAAACAGGGACACCAUGGUGCAUUCAGGUUCACCUUUGUCAGAAUUCAGCAUUGUUGGAUUUAAUUGCUUCACAUUUUUAUUGGUAAGUCAUCAAGAAAACUGAGUUCUCAAACUAGUGAGUGUGACACCUUACGGCCACACGGAAAUGCGUCGCCACCAUAACUGCAAACAACAAUCGCCAUUUUCUUUUGAAUUAGUCCAGUGACCACGGCAAACAGUUAACUGUUCAUUCUACGACAAUGGGUAAAACGGAUAUGAAACCUACCAGAGAAAACAGUAAAACACUGCUUUUACUUUUCAAAGCUGUGAAGUUUUAGUUUUUAAAUCUGUAGCGUUGCAAUUAAUAAUAGCUUUUUUUUCCCCUACUCAGCGAGCACGUGUUAAUAUGGCAGGUUAAGUAGUCUCUUCCUUUUGAUUUUCUUUUGAAGAAUGGGUUCCUGUAGUUAGUGAUUGUUAUUUUUCUAUACAUUGUGUCGCUACUUGAACUACCUAUCCAUUCUUAUGCGUUCCCAAGCAAAUGCCAAUUUGAACCCCAAACAACCAGCCAUUGUCCGUACAGCCACUCACCCUUCUUUGUGUUAGUAACUCAACAUCUGUCACAACAGAUUCAUCACUGCCAUGUUGUCAAUCAUUUGAAGAGGUCUUUUGAACCGUGCAGUUUCUGACACAUUCUCAGUUGGGCUGAUUCCUUCCUGCACUUUGGUGCAUUCAAAAUGAAAAAAAAACAUUUGUUUCCAAGGUACAGGCAUAAGAGAUGAUUUAUGCUGUUCUCUUCCCAUCUGCAAUGUAGGUUUUACAUUACCAGCAUCCAAUUUUCUACUAUGUAGGCUUGUUGGCAACCUACAGUAAACCAGCUUGCAGCUUUAACAAUUUUGCUGCACUACACGGAAAUCACCUUAAAUGUAGUUUAAAUACCAGAUGGAACUACAUUUUGAGGACUUCAGAACCCAGAAAUCCUCAAAAGAAAUAGAAAGAACUACUUGUGUGUCGUGAUUUCUAAAUUUCAAAAGGCAGUUUUCCUUUAACUGGCACACUUUGUCGUUAUUCCCAUAGCUGAACAAUCCUGUCGAAGCUGUUUAUACAGGAUUUGAAUGCAGAAAGUUCAUCAUAAUGAACGUAUUUUAGGCAUUCUUGAAAAGUAGAAAUAAUUCUAGGCUAAUGAUAAUUGUGAGGAAAAUUGAAGACACUAUAAUUUUCUUUAAUAGUAACAAUUUGACAUGUAAUAAUGAGGAUGCAAAGGUGGAGCUUUUACUGAUGAAUAGAGCCACCUGGAAAUUUCCAGUUUAAAUCCCAUCCCUCUCUUUUAAAAACUAGGCUGUGAGUUGGUACAUACACAGGAUGCAUGCUAAUGCUGUCUGUCUGGACAAGGUUUCAACAUGUGAUUCUGGUCUUGGUCUCAGAUUUUUGGAGGAGGCCUGAUGGGACCAAAGUACAUGUGCCUUUAGUUUGUGGUCGGGUUUGAUCUGUUGUCUUUAUACAGAUUUGUUUGUUGUAAACCUGUAGAAAACGGAUUAUUUUGUUAAUUCUUUUUGAUGAAGAAUGAAGUGAACCUCAUUUUCCCAGUCCUCUGUUUAACAUGAGAUGUACAGAAAACUGGGUCACUGUUUCAACUAAGGUCUUCUUCAGAGUGGGUUUUUAUUUUUCACUCAUCUCUGGUUCUUACAGCUGCAGUUUUUUUUAAGAGACUGUUCUUUUGUGGUAAAAUUUCAGAUUAGCCUAAAUUAAACAUCUUUUCUACAAACCAGCCCAAAUUAAAGUGUGUGUUUGUGUUCGGAUUAGGUUCAGGCCUCUGCUCUCAUCUGUAUCCUGCCUAUCAAUAAACUCCUCUCACUCUGUUCAA